UACACUGGCCGACGUAAAUUUGUAUUCUAAGGCCUUUUGUGAAGGGUUGAAGGAUCUGGAAUACUAUCUGUUUCAGUGGACGGAUUUUCGGAUAUAACUACUCGAAGACAUGGCGCGUACCAAGCAAACUGCCCGUAAGUCAACCGGAGGAAAAGCUCCAAGGAAGCAGCUGGCGACCAAGGCAGCUCGUAAGAGCGCGCCCUCCACCGGCGGUGUGAAAAAGCCCCAUCGCUACAGGCCUGGCACAGUGGCACUGAGGGAAAUCCGUCGAUACCAGAAGUCCACAGAGCUGCUGAUCCGCAAGCUGCCCUUCCAGCGCCUGGUGAGGGAGAUUGCCCAGGACUUCAAGACCGACCUGCGUUUCCAGAGCGCCGCCAUCGGAGCCCUGCAGGAAGCCAGCGAGGCAUAUCUGGUGGGGCUGUUUGAGGACACCAACCUGUGCGCCAUCCACGCCAAGCGUGUCACCAUCAUGCCCAAGGACAUCCAGCUGGCCCGCAGGAUCAGGGGAGAGCGGGCCUAGACAUGGUGGGGGUGAGAGGGGGCAGCGUGUACCAGACUUUACCCCUCCCUGCCCCUGGAUGUGUGUUCAGUUUCUUUUAAGUUUUUGUAAUGUUGAAUUUUGAGGUGAAAAUUAAGACCAUUCCACAGAAUGUUGACUCAGGAUGAGUUGGGUUUGGCCCUGGAGCAGCUGGAGUAAAUGCAUUUUAUUUUUUACUUUUACUGUUAAUAUUAAUAUUACUACUGCUAUUAUAGAUGUAAACAAGAUGGCAAACCAGGAUGGGCAGAACGCCCUGUUUUCAAUUGUCUAACUCCAGGAGCUUUUUGUUUUCCCACUCCUCAAUUCUGAACAGUGUCCCCUUCACUUCAGAGGUAAAACUGCAGGGAUCUCGCUUGUCUUCUCCUGUGAGACACUCCAGGAGCAGCUGGUCUGUGGGUCCUGGCUGGGGUCAUGUAAAUCUUGAGGGUUGGGUUCAUUUCCUUUCCCUGUCUUUAGGUGAUUGGCCAAAACCCACCCAGUCUUGCAAUAAUCCUGCCCCUUGUUUGGGGAGGGCCAGACACCAGAAUCACUGAUUGUUGUCUUUGUGGAAUGUGUAGGCCACUUGGACAUUCUGGCCUGCUUUUUAUAUUUUUUACUCCAGUGUAAACCUUGGCAGCUACAAUUAACACUGAAGUGUUUUUCUGUCAUGUUGUAGUCUUUGUAUUAAAGAACUUUCUGAGUA